AUGUUCACUUUACGCUUUCUGGCCGUGCGCGGCGUGCCCCGUCCCUCGGCCACGGAUGCAUCAUCGUCGCCGAGGAAAGCGACGUGGUCGAUCCGUGCACAGGGAGGAAAUAGCACCCGCUUUGUUGAGUUGGACGAAGGGGCACAGCACCACCAGCACGACAACGAGAGGGAGGAGCGAAGCGCCAGCGCCACGGACAACUCCGAGCGUGGCUCCGCCGCUAACCCCGCCGCCGCGCGACCCGUUUGGCCGGAGCAACUAGAGGUCGAAGACAAGGAAGGUCAAGACACGAUCCAAGCCGCCCUUGUUCUGGAACUGGCACCAACGUGA